CACUGGAUAUUCCACAAAUGGGCGUGGCCGACUGGUAACAGAGUCGCAACAGACCAGAGACUUUUUGUUAAUUACAUAUUGUUGCGCAGAAGAAUGCACGACGGUCUGCGGGGGUGUCUCUCGACGAGGCACUAGAGGCCGGGGUCCAGAUGUAAUGGCCACACUUUGGUCAAGGUGCCUUCCGUCCAUCUUGCUGGUCAUCAUGCCAAGUUGUUUUGCUCCAGCUACUCCUGCGUUCCCAUCGCCUCCCCAGUGCCAUAUCCCAUGUCCCGAGGACGACUGUGCAGAAAUACACUGCAGUUUGGAUCCAAGGCCGCACCCUGAGAUCCCCACAAACUACAGCCUGCACUGGGAGCCGGCAAAUAGCGACGAGGGGCGUGUGCUCACCGGGACCCCUUUGAGUGGGAUUAUCCAUCGGGAAGACUUCACCCGAGGGGAGCUGCGUGUUUGGGUCCAGGCUGAGGACCGCAACGGUUCUGCCAAAUCUCAAGAUGCCUCGUUUCAUACAGCUGAUAUCAUCAAGCUGCCGCCUCCUAAAAUCUCAUCAGUCAGCCAUCAGGAGCUUUUAGAGAUUUCCUGGACCAUUCCACCUUGUGAUGACCUGCAGCUCAGUUUUGGCCAAUGUGACGUCCGAUAUCGGACCGAGGCAGACCGAAUGUGGCUUGAGGAUGAGAAUGUCCAUGUCGGCUAUACGAUCGAAAAUCCUCAGGCUAGCACGGAAUACGAAUUUCAAGUUCGCUGUUCCUGUGGGACGGGCUUGAAGAGCGACUGGAGCGAAAUCCACUCAGUACGAAGCAAAGAGGCGGCCCCAGAGGGAGCGCUGGAUGUAUGGAGCGACUGUGGGAUAUCCCAGGAAAGCUGUGACUGCUUUGUGACGUGGAAGGAGCUUCCUAAAGCUCAAGCCCGCGGGCACAUUCGGGGGUACAGAGUCAGACUGUCUCACAACGCCCCGGUGGAGGUGAAUAUGUCCACAGACUGUGAGAAGAAGAUCUGCCGCUUCAGAUCCCCUCUGAAGGACGUGUCCUCCGUCAGCGUGUCGGCCUACAACGCUUGCGGUGCCACGUCGCCCUCCUCUCUGGCUCUGCCAACACCAGGGAAACACAAAAGCGAGCGAGCUGUUCACCUGGUGAUGAAUGAAGAGAACCUCACUGUGUCCUGGGAGCCUCCCUCUCAGGGCUCAGACCACCUGAAGGAACACGUGGUGCAGUACAAAGAAGCAGGACGUCUUCCCGGCCAAGGAUUCGAUUGGAUCAAAGUGGGAAAAGGCAUAAGGACCGGAAUCUUUGAAGGUCCGUUUACGAAAUACAAAGCCUACCAAGUGUCACUGUUCACUGUAUCAAACAGCAAUAACGUCCAUCAUCUUUCGUCAGUUAUCGGAUACUCACUUCAAGGACCCCCCCCUAAAGUGCCGUCAUUUGAGGUGUCCUCCAUCGCUGCCACUCAUGUGAACCUGCUCUGGGAGUCUAUUCCCCUCCCCAUGCAGACUGGGAAGAUCCUGUACUACCAGUUAAUAGUGGAGAGUGGAGCCGGCGGACAGAAGGUGUUCAACGUGAGUGUGUCGCCGCAGCAAAAAAAACAAACGUUUGAGCUGCGGCGUCUGAGUCCCGGGCAGGACUACGAGGUCCGGAUACGAGCCGUGACGCCGGCCGGGCCCGGAGCCAACGAGACGGCAAAGUUCAAAACGAACCACCAUGAACCCUUUGAGCACAUAAUAGCACUUGUGCUUGGAGCCGUUUUGCUGGUCUUCAUAUGCAUUCUUUUUGUUUUUUGCAGUGCUUGUCGAGGAGAAAAGAAAACAUGGUGCCUCAGUGUUUCUUUGCCAAAAGUCCCGGACGCCCGCAACAGCCACAUUUUCAGACACAUGAAGCACCAGAUGAAUGACUCCUUCCCUUGGAUCUUCAUUCCCGUCUAUGAGCCACACCCCAAGAUCUCUGUGUUGGAGGUUGUGGAAGUCCAGCCAUGGGCUUCGGAGUCCUCUGUAGAGAAGAUCUCCGACCCCGACGGCUCGACUAAGCUUGUGGCCAAAAGUGGGUGCUCGAGAGCGGAGUGCCGAGAUGAUCAGAGGGAGGAAGCUGUUCGAGAGGAGAGCCACAGAUAUGGACGGGAGGAGUACAGCCAAAUGGUUGACUCAGAUGAGGAGAGGGACAAGGAGGAGGAGGAGGACAGGGCGGAUGGUUGGAGCUCAUCAGAGGAAGAACAGUCGUCGUCGGGUUACGAGAAGCACUUCAUGCCCACUGCUUUGGAAGUGCAGGAAGCUUGAUGUUUCUCAAUGUCGGCUCACUGACAUUCCUCCCAGAAAUGGCUUGUUGUUUUUUGAUUCCCUUUCAAAUGUUCUUUUUGUUUUGAUUAGUUAAAUGUACAUUUGUGCAUCUGUCAUGUGUAAAUAAACUAUUUUUAUAAGGGUC